UUCAUAACUCUGUUUAGUAAUUAUCGUGGUAAUUACAAUUAUAAACAGAGUUAUAUGUACUAUAUACAUUCAUGUAAUGUAAGAUCACAGUAUACCUAAUAUUAGGUAUACUUACUGUGUCGUGGAUGGCGAUUCACUUAAUCAGCUGUGAUCAGCUGUUAACCAAAUCAGCCAAGCUGAAUCAACUGGACAAGCUAGACCAGGCUAAAAGCUUAAAAGUUACAAUGCGAAUGUUAUUUCGAAUCGAAGGUAUAUAAUGUAGGUACAGUGUGACAGAUUUUAUCCGAACUUCAUCAUCGUUCGACGAUUCAACGCUUUGAACCUGGAUAAUCCUUUAAAUGCCGUCGUACCAGUACGAUUAAUACUACUAUUGUGGUAUUGAAAGCUCGGGACUCGAGGCUUGAAGGUGUAAAAGAGCAAUCCUUUGUUCAGGAAACAUUUAGAUUUACACACAUGCCACAACAUGCAAUGUUGACAAAAUGACUGGUUUAAUUACUUUCUGUGCAAUAUCUUUUAUUCUAUAUUGUAGCUUCACUUGGCUGAUCCCAAGGUUUUUAGCAUGGCUAGUGAAGAGAAGAUACAAAAUUUAUUUGCGCGUCGGUCAUAUAUCUUUACCAUAUUUCAUACUACGAGAGGUAAACGUAUCGAAAAAUGGAUUCACAUUGCAAGUGGACGAGAUCAGUAUACGUAGCAGUCUCUUCAGCAGCGAUGUUGCAAAAUUACUAGCUGUAAUUAUGAAAGACGUUCGAAUAAACAAAGAUGUGCCUCUAACAGCGCCUGUAGAGACCGUCGAAAAAGCAAAGAAACCGAUCGAUUUUCGAGACAAGAAGAUACCGCCAAUAAUUAUAACGUUCGUACAAUUUAUGGCUGUGCACGUAGAGAAUUUGAGUCUGUUAAUUUUGGGUAAUGGAUGGUUAGCUAACGGAAGCGCGGAAAGUCUUACUUUGGACGGUAGCGUCGUUCACGGAGCUCGAACUCUUCUCGCCUCCGCAGCCGUGAUAGGCGGAGCAAUGAAACUUUUGCGCCACGCAUCGGACGCUUGCCUGUCGCAGAUAUCCUUUGCUGGAACGGCCGAAGCGACGUUAAAGGCAUUAGGAGAGUUUUCGUUGGAGAAAUUGUACAUCGGAAUAACGCAAACCGAGGGUUCCGGAGGAGCGGGUCUCGUUACGUUCUUUAAAGAUAGAAGUUCCCUGGCUAACGCGGCAUCUUCCUAUUCGGAUCCACGCGUCGAUUCGCCCAACGAUCUGUUGGCUCGACUAGUGCCCGUUAUACCGAAAGAUUUCACGUUGAAAGUAGGUAAUUCCUGUGUGAUUGCUGGUGGAGAUGACGGUGUGGUACUUGGUUUGGAGGGCACAAUGAAAGGUCUGCAAAUUAACACGAAAUUUCAACCAUCUACUCGAGUGUUGAAUCUCACCGUAAACUUGGAUGGAUUGUCGAUUCGUAGCAGGUUCCCCGUUCUAACUUUGCGAUCAUUGAUCGUAAAUUCGAAAAUAGAAGAAGACAGUUUACAAAUCGUUACACAAAUCAGCAACUUGUCAAUUAUAUACGAUCACAAGGACUGGGAGACGAUACUAUGCAAUGAUGCCGGAGAUAACCAGAUCUCGAGAUCCGUCACGGGUACAUCGUUCAGAAAUAAAUUACCAUGGUCCGAUGUAAAAGUGAAUACCGAACUAUACGACUCGUCGUUGUGCAUCAAAUUGUUGGAUGUUCACGAAGCAUCGUGCGGCGUGGCUCACAUGAAAUUCUCGUUGAACACGUUCGAUGAUAUAAUCAACGGUUGGAGUACAGAAUUGGUGGUAGAAUCGUUGUAUUGCACUUUAAACGGAUCGAACACCGUCAUCUCGGAAACGUCUCAUCGAUGGGGUACGCCUUUGUCCAUCGGAGUGUUGUUAGCUACGACGCGUACCAAUGCUAUAGGGAUUGCGGUCGACGCACUUGUGACCGAAUGGAGUUUGGAACUUGCCAAAUUUCUCGAGGAGGCAUACAAAUGCUGCCAACAGCAGUACAACGGAAGGGUGAAGGAAACGAUGGAAGACGUCGAAGAAUCGGAUAACGACGAAAAAGUUCAAUUGAACCUAAAAGUUACCAACUGUAAUUUAUUCUUUAUCGCGGAAAAUGAUCUAUCUGUCAUGGUGCGCUUGGACACCGCAAAUUUGGAAUACUCCGCGAAACGACUCGUAGCCGUGACGGAGGGUGUGAGCGCGAUAACGUUAAAUAAAAACGAGCCAAUCGUCUGUCAGCACGCACAAGCAUUGGUCCAUCCGUUUUUAGCCAUAAGAAAGUGCAAAGGUGCGAUUACAUCCGAAAUGGUAAAUAUAAGCCUGGACGGCACCAAUCUGGCGUGGAGUCCAAAUUUACAUCUUCGUCUUUUGCAACUUUGGCUAGAAUCUUCGAGCUUUAGAUCCAUCGUAAGCCGAGACGCCGAAUCGAUGAUCACCGUUCAAGAUGGGACGGCGGGAAAACAUAAUCGAAAACGAGAACGUGUGAUGGAUAUAGUCGCCACUGGUGGGAUCGCUUUGUCGAUAUAUAUAUCACCGAAACAUUUCUUAGAGCUCUCGUCGGACCAUUUACGUUGGUCGCAAGGAGAAUGGAGAUUGAAUUAUCUACGUGUUACUUUGGACAUGGCCGAUAUAAUAAUGAUCGAGGGAUUCGAAUUGAUCAGAGUGACGGAUAACAAAGAAGUUCGAUUGGAGAGGCAAAGCAACGAAGGCUUCGUUUUGGAUUGGAACGAAAUUUGGAUGUUGAAUAUCGAAUCGGUGAAAGCUUGCUUCCCCUACGAACAUCAGUUUACUGAUGCGAUUCAGAAUGAAUUAUUUAGCAUAAAAAAAUGGUUGAAAGAAGUUCAUUCGUCGUUAUCGUCGUCAUCGUCGUCGUCAUAUUCCUCCUCUUCAUCCUCCUCGUCUUGCUCUUCGUCCACGUCCUUACCCUCCGCGCAUGAGACUGAGCAUUUACCGUGCGAUUUAAUCAUAAAGAUAAAAGAGUGGGUGUUCGAGGUGAGCGAUGAUCCGUUCGAGGUACGUUUACGAGAUAAUUACGAGCUAUUAGAAGACGAGUACAAAGAGAGUUUGAAACGGCAGGCGAUGCUCGAUGCCAAAGUGCAACAGUUGUGUCGCGCUCAUCUGCUGUUGCCCCAAGGAAAAGUAGAAGAACUGUACGCGAGUUUAAACAAGAAGAACGCUGAGAUCUACGUGCAACGGUGGAAGCAGAUGCAACGCGCGGGCCCUGCUAGAACCCGAUUGUUUGCUUGGACGAUGCUGGAUAUCGAGAUUCUAGCUUUGGCGGAUCCGUCGAUCAACGGCGUCGAAAACGCGACCAGGGCUAUUCGCGAGAUGGACGCGGAAACACCAUGGCCGGAGGACGGACUGGAAUUUAGCACGCUCUGGGUAAGAGGAAUAAGUUUGAAAUGCGCCGAGUGGAAAUUACAGUUACGAGAUUUCCCGCAACCGUUACUGCUAGUGGAGAGUUUGAGCGUGUGGGGCAGGUUGGCCGGUGCCGAAGCCCUGGCGCCUCCGCGCGCGAGACGAACUGUAAGAAUCGUGAUCGGCGCGCCUUGGGACGACAUCGUCGUCGAACGAGGAAUGACGUCGAUCAAAUAUUACCACGAUCUGAACUGGGACAUCGACAAGUACAGAUACGCGUUCGGUCCUUGCUGGGAGCCGGUGGUCGCACAAUGCAAUCUGAGUUUUGAAAAAAUCGUUCAUCCCUCGAGGGAUCCUAGCCCACCGUUGCCGUUCUGGGACAAAAUGCGGCUGGCACUUCACGGCAGGUUGACGCUCUGUGUGAAACAGUUGACCAUAUUGCUGCAUGGCUCAUUGGAUCCGUACAACACCACGGAGGAAAUGGAACUGACGUGGACAGGGUUGGAACUCGACUGGACGCAAGGUAGAAUAAUCGUUAAGGGAGAUCUGGACGUUUACGUUCGUACGGCCAGCAAAUACGACGAUUGCAGAUUGUUGCACCUGCCGAAUGUACGUUUAAGCGUGAAACUGGCAUGGGUGUGCUUGGGCGAUCCCAGGGAUCAUCACGCCGCGAUACCCUGCGCACCAGACAGAUUGCCGGAAUAUUCGAGCAAUCAGGAACACGACUCGUUCAGGGCGUUUCGGUCGCAAAACUUGAACGUUAGCCUCGCACUGGAGACGAAACCGACGGGCUCUCCGGUGUUGGCGACCGCGCCGACCGCGUUGCUGUACGGCAGCACUCUCCGAUGGUUCGAAAAUCUCAAGUUCAUUCUGUCCGGAGCGACGAGACCGACGAGGAAGGGACCGUUGUUCAAGAACGUCAGGCCUAGAAAGAAGCAACUGAGCAGGCAUUACAGAAAAGUUCGGCUCACCUUGGCUUUCCAUCGGUUUCACGUCAGUUAUUGGAUGUCGUUCGCAAUGCAGCGCGGAUUCGAACUGACUGGUGGUCGGGUGGCUUGCAGCUGUGAACACAAUUCGUCGUUGCACCCGAUUGACGACGGAUUGAUACAUCGACCGAGAGCUGAGUGGUCGGUUGUCUAUAUGAACUGCGAGCUGAGCGAUGCAGAGAUCUGGUUGAAGAGCGCUCUUCACGAGGACAAGGAGACCGCCGCCUCGCUUCGGCAGCCGGUUGAGAAAUGUUAUUGCUUGAGCGUGGCCCGGGUCAGCUACGGUAGAGAGGCGAUGGUCGCCGGCGUGACCACCGGCGGUGACACACCGACGCACAGGCUCGUCGUUCACGAUUUAAAGGGCGCAUGGACCAAGACGAACAGAGACGUGGCAUUCGCGUUGUUCGACUCUUUCAUAAAAACCCAACAGCUGAAAAAGAACCUUUCGACUGCGGCUCUGAAGGGGUUCUCGUCCCACAGGGAAAGUUCAUCGACGCCGCACAAGAAUCGAACGAGAUCCUCCGUGGUUGUCGUUGAGCAUGCCGCUGUGUUGCAGAGUACGCCGAGCGCGUCGAUAAACUCAUCGUCAUCCGCCGCGACGAAACCACAGCAAGGAGAGGCCGUGGGUAUGUUGCAAAGACUGAUAGCCGAGGCUGCGAACAAACCGGUCGCGUUCAGCGACGAUUUGUCGGUGCAGACCAGGGGUCAGCAGCUGCGCGGGCUAGCGGCUUGUCACCAGGACGACGUUCUUCACAAAAAUUGGCUAAUCGCUUUGGUAAACAGUCAGGUGUUGCUGAAGGGUAUCGAGACGCGAGGCUACGUGAUCUUGUCCGCGGCUAAAGCAGAAAUAUUGCAAAGAGUUCAUCAACCUGUAUGGAAGGAAAGGACGUUGGUGUCAAAAACCACUUGGGUUGGGUCGUUGGAAUGCAUGCAGUAUUAUGCGACCGUCAAUGCGAAUAUCGACGAUAACAUCGACGACAAUAUAAUGUGGUUAACGUUGGACAAUAUACAGGAGAAAGAUUCAACAGUGAUAGCCGGACUACCAGAUGUGCCGGCACUUGUCGGUUCCGGACAGAGCGUAGGCGGCGUAGUGAGCGAAACGGUCGGCGGUGGUGGCGGGCCUCAGCACCAGCUACAACGCAUCGUCUCGAGAUGUAAAUGCGAGUUCUUUUACGUCGGUUACGGUCAAGCUCUGGACGUUGGCUCCGUGGAUCAAGUCCCUCCGCCGCCGAGAGAGGAAGUCAGCUUGUGGGAGAGGAAGGAACUUUCGGCGGCGGAUGCGUUCACGUUGAUGCAUCACGAUUUAGACGUGUGCACCAACUCGUUGCAGUACGCGAUGAUCUUGGAUAUCGUGAACAAUUUGUUGUUGUACGUGGAACCGAGAAGAAAGGAAGCCUCGGAAAGGUUGCAGAGGAUGCGAUUUCAGCUGCAAUUGCAUUCGGUCGAGGAUCAGAAACGACCGAUUCAGCAACUCCAAAAUACGGUGCGCGGUUUAGUCGCAAAAUUACGAAGAUUGGAACGCGAAACGUAUCUGGUGCAGAAGGCGCUCGCGGAGGAGUCCAGUCCCGAGUUAUUGGCGGAGAUGGAACGGUUGGAGGCUCGGGUUUUCGAAUGCAAGGAACAACUCGGUGCGAAAGCCGAAGAGCUCGAUGUGAUGUUGAGCUGCUACAAGGAAACAACCGCCCCGGCGACUGCCUCUACGACGUUGAAGGAUAAGCCGGCGGCGGUCGCGAGGGUCGCCGAAAUUUGCUUCAAACACGCCCAGUGGAGAUUGACGGACGCGGACGGCCAAUUGGGUAUCGCCGAUCUGAUUUUGACAAAUUUCUUGUAUACGAAAACCAGCAAAACGGAUGAUUCGGUCGAACAUCUUCUCGAAUUGGGAUAUGUUAGGAUGACUAAUUUACUACCGAAUCAGAUAUAUACGGAGGUGUUGGUGCCCACUGAGUUGCAGAGUAACAUGCCCGUCGAUAGACAGAGAGCGCUUCGCGUUUUUUGCAGGGAAAAGGCACCGGUAGCGGGAAUAUCCGUAAAAGAACAUUUCGAAAUCAACGUUGUUCCUUUAACGAUAGGACUGACCAAAAAGUUUUUCAACACGAUGCUAAAAUUCUGUUUCCCCGAGAGAGAUCCUGAGGGAAUCGAAGAGCCACCCGCACCGCAACGCGAUUCUUCCUUCUACGUGCCGAUUGAAAGAAGGGACGACGUCGAAAAGAUGAAGGAAAGAGCUGAUAAAAACAAACUGUUCAUAUAUAUAAAAAUACCUGAAGUUCCCGUUCGCGUUUCAUACAAGGGUAAUAAAGAAAAGAAUUUAGAAGACGUUCGCGACUUUGCUCUGGUCAUUCCUACGUUGGAGUAUCACAACGUCACUUGGACGUGGCUAGAUCUUCUUCUGGCGAUGAAAAGUGACUCUAGACGCGUAAUAUUGAGUCAAGCUAUCAAGCAGAAAUUACAAAUCAAACCGAGAGGUCCGCAAGAGGAAUCUGCUCCGCAGGAAGAGGACAAAGCUCGACUCCUACUAGGUGCCAGACAUUUACCUGGCGACGUGAAAAAGAAAGGUGUUUUCAAAUUUAAGUAGUUAUGACCGAUCCGUCGAUCGUGUUUACAAACCGUUCCUUUUUUCCUACGUUUUGGAACAAGGAAUACCGAAUAGACGACAGCAAUGUGCAAGUAUUUAUUAUAAAUUAACUAUUUAAUAAUUGAGCAUUGUUUGCGAAUCGCUAUUUUUAUUAAAGUCCAAACGAUGUUUGUAUCAA